UUAUAUUAGUUAUUUCCGAAUUCAUUAGUAUAGUCUGCUUCGACUUCUUUGGGAAUUUAUAUCAAUUAUAUAUUUUUUAUAGUUCUUUAUAUAUAUAUUUUUUUUAUUUAAAAUGCAGUCUUCUUUGCUCACAUGCCUACGAUAUGGAAAAUGUUUUUCCAAUUCCUUUACAUUAGGCUUGGUAGCAUCAUCAUCGAAGAUUUCAUGUUAUCGCAACAUCUCGUCAUCAAAUCCAUUGCAUAAUAAAAAUGCCAAAACAUUUAAAAGAGGAUUUGAACAAAACAUAGUUUUGGUCGAUGGCGUACGCACUCCUUUCCUACAAUCGUUUACCGAUUACUCAAAAUUGAUGCCACACGAGUUAGCACGUCAUGCCUUGGUUAACUUGCUAGAUAAAACAAAUAUUGAUAAAGAUAUUAUUGAUUACAUCGUUUAUGGCACCGUAAUACAAGAAGUUAAAACUUCGAAUAUUGCUCGUGAGGCAGCCUUGUCCGCUGGUUUCAGCGACAAAACCCCCGCGCAUACAGUUACAUUGGCUUGCAUUAGCUCGAAUGUGGCUAUUACCACAGGUAUCGGUCUCCUAGCGACAAAUACCUACGAUGUGAUUGUUGCCGGUGGAGUCGAAUUUAUGUCAGACGUACCCAUACGGCAUUCACGUAAAAUGCGUAGCCUUUUAUUAAGAGCCAAUAAGGCGAAAACACCACUACAAAAAUUGCAAUUACUUGCUUCUUUGCGGCCGAAUUUCUUCGUACCAGAAUUACCUGCCGUUGCUGAGUUUUCUUCAGGUGAAACUAUGGGACAUUCUGCCGAUCGUUUGGCUGCAGCUUUUAAGGUGUCACGUAAAGAGCAAGAUGACUACGCCUUACGUUCGCACACAUUAGCCAAAGAAGCUCAGGAUAAAGGUUACUUUACUGACGUGGUUUCGGUUAAAGUACCCGGCAGCUCGAAAUUCGUUGAAAAAGAUAACGGUAUACGAGUUUCCACACCAGAAAAAUUAGCAAAACUGAAUCCUGCAUUUAUUAAGCCACAUGGCACAAUCACAGCAGCAAACUCUUCAUUCUUGACUGAUGGUGCAUCUGCUUGUGUACUUAUGAAAGAAGAGACUGCCAAGAAACUUGGCCUAAAACCAAAAGCAUAUUUACGUGAUUUCCUCUAUGUCUCACAAGAUCCAGUUGAUCAAUUACUCUUGAGUCCUGCUUAUGCUAUACCAAAACUGUUAAAUAAGACUGGUCUCUCUCUGAACGAUAUCGACACCUGGGAAAUACACGAAGCAUUUGCUGGUCAAAUUAUUGCGAAUUUGAAAGCUUUAGACUCGGACUGGUUCUGCAAGAACUAUAUGGGACUUAGUGAGAAAUACGGUGCUCCAGAUUUGAGCAAAUGGAACAGUUGGGGUGGUUCAUUGUCAAUUGGUCAUCCAUUUGCGGCGACCGGUGUAAGACUGUGCAUGCACACCGCCAAUCGUUUGGUACGUGAAGAUGGACAACUGGGUGUGGUUGCGGCUUGUGCUGCCGGUGGUCAAGGUGUUGCGAUGCUCUUGGAAAGAUAUCCGGGUGCUACGGCAGAUUAAAUAUGCAUUUUUGUUAACGAUUU